GCGAAGCCAAAGUCGUCUACGCUGCAUCACGUCCACUGCAAUGUCAAUAUCAGUACUUGUCUCUGCAUUCCCUCCUUUCCCGACUUUGAGCAUCUCUGCCCCCGCAGACACCUGCUUCGCGGAUCUCUAUGACCUCCUCACCGAACGCUACCAACACCUGCCUCGCAAAGAUUUGUCCGAGCUCGACCUCCUCUUUACCCCACACUCUGGUCCAAUCCCUUCGCCUGAAACAUCGGUUGCGUCGUUGCUCGAUGAUGUUGACAGUGGCCUGGUGACGCUUCGUCUGAUCCCCCGGCUUCGCGGCGGAAAGGGUGGUUUCGGCUCUCAGCUGCGUGCUGCUGGUGGGCGCAUGAGCAGCCAGAAGACGAGCAAUAACGAUUCAUGUCGUGAUCUGAGCGGCCGAAGACUAAGCACUAUCAAGGAAGCCAAAAAACUCGCGGAGUACAUCGAGAGUGAACCUCUUCGCAAGCAAGCGGAGAAGGAGGCAAAGCGAGCGAAGCUGGAGGCUUUGGAACGCAAACUAGGCAUGGACGCUAAAAGCUCCUCCGGAUCCUCCGAGCCACUGGCGGGCAAGAAGCAUCGGUUAGAUGACGGCGAAUUCCUUAUUGAACACCAGGAGAUUGUGGAUAAUGUGAAAUCAGCGGUUGCCGCGGGUCUUCUAAAGAAGAAAAAGAAGGCUAAGACGGCCCCUUCUCCUCCUGCAGCUGAAUCUACUGCUCAGGCGGUGGCGGUGGCGGUGUCUUCUGCAACUACAUCAGCUGCUGCCACAGCUUCGACUGUUGCCGACAAGGUGCUUAAUGCUCCAGAAAGUGCUGCCGUUGCAGUCGCAGUCUCCGCUGCAACUGGCAUUGCUGCUGCCUGACCGUUUACCCUUGCUGCUGAAGCUGGACAGUUCGCUUGCGCUUUACGAUGUGUUUCUAGCUGUAUGAACUCUUUGACCUUAUAAACAAUACGAGUGACGAUGUUU